AUGUGGAAUCAGCUUCGCUCCUCCUUCGGCUUCCUAAAACCGCCAGAGUCCAUGCAUCGAUACAUGCCUGUCGGCCAGGUCUCCGCGACACGUUCCCGCACCCGUCUCGCUAUCAUAACGACAGCCUGCAUCAUCAUCGCUCUCGCUAUCCUCUCAAUAUCUACUCAUCCCCUGGAGAAGGCGAGGCAGUAUGGGAUACUCAAGUCUAGCGAGGCGUCCAUGCAUGACCCCAUACCCAGCAUCGUACAUUAUGUGCAAAUAAAAAAGGACGCAACAUCAACCCUGAGAUUCCCGUUCUCGAGCUUCCUGACCAUGUGCGCCGCAGUCAUGUACAUUGAACCGACGCAGAUCUACAUGCAUACCGACUUCAACGACUCCGAGAUUAGGAAUGCCAGCGAGCACGGUGACCGGUGGACUAAGGCAGUCAUCAAUACUUUCGCAAAUAUCACCACCUGGAACCGAGUAGAUGUGCCCAACUUUGCCGGCCAAAACCAGGACCAGGAAAUCUCCGCCAUCCAGCACAAGUCAGACUUCAUCCGCUGGGAGGCCAUCGCGAAAAUUGGCGGGAUCUAUAUGGAUUGGGACGUUGUGCCUCUGCGACCUCUGACGCCUCUGCUCAACGCUGGCUUUGCCUUCAUCGGCGGCCGACAUUAUGGCGGCGCGCGCGAAGGCGGUGGCAUCAACGGCACCAUCAACAACGGUGUCUUCUUGACCAAGCCAAACAGCACAAUGGCGCGAAUCGUCGUGCGCGAGCAACAUGCCGGCUUCGACGGUAGAUGGGAAGCAAAUCUACAGAGCAUGACCAGAAUCGCCGAGCGUCUCGUCCCAAUCCCGAACGAAGUCCUGAUACUUGACCGCACCGCUUUUGCCCCCACACACUGGUUUAAAGAGAGCACUGACCCUCUCUUCAAACCCAACGAAGGCAAUCCAUCGCCUGUUCCUCAGCUUAUCAACUCCACCGACCCAAUGGAGCUGUACGACAAUGCCAUUGCAAAUCGACGAAGGCGUGCGCAAUGGGAAAUGGACUUUUCUUCGACAUACAUGCUCCAUGGAUUCGCCAUGCAUGAGUACUACAAGUACAUCAAUCCGAGCACUAUCUUGAGCAGGACCAGCAACUUUGGAGUCGCGACAUACGAUAUCGUGAGACAUAUGGUGGACAAGGGUUAUAUUAGCGGGAACGAAGGGGAUGACCGCACCAAAUCAUGA